CUUCUUCUUCUUCUUCUUCCUAGCUUGGUGAUCUGUCUUCUGCAGACUAGUUUCCAUGUGUACCCUUAUAUUCCAGUCUAGUUACUGUCAUUUAUUCUGCAUUCUACAUUAAAUUUUGGGCAUUUCAAUGCUUGAUUACAGAGAAGAAGGUGAUUGAAAGAGACUUCUUUUUCUACAGCUAUUUGGGUUGGUUUGGGGUAUGGCAGUUAACCCAAUUGGGCAUAAGAGAAAUAGAUGAUAUCCAAAAGGUUUUGUCUAGGAAUUAGUCUUGAAUGCCAGAUGACAUCCAAAUCUGAGUAUAAUCUGAUUCAUAGUUUUUUACUAAGUAAUUUGUGAAACUCUGUAUUUUGAAGUGGCAUUGGCAUAAGAAAUUUUGUAUUUUAAAAAGGCAUACCGCUAAUGGAGGAGCCGGACAGCAUGGAGAUCCAAAGGGAAUCCCACAAAACCUUUGCCUUUUUCACUUGAAAAAUGACCCUUUUCCCCUACUUUUUCCUCUAUGGUCUGUUUUCAUACCAAUCCAAACUUGGGUGGAUCCCAAUUGGAACCUUGCAGGCCGGACAGCAGUGAGUGUGGUGAAACUCAGCCAUCAAACUAUAGCCCUUUCAAUUUGGCAAAAGAACAAAUGAUAAAUCAAUUCUCUCAACAGCUAAAAUCCAAACUUCAUACACUGAUUCAUUAUCUGACUUGCAUUUCAUCAAGCUUAAUCAUUAAGCUUGUUUCUGGCUUUAAAACAUAGGGUAGAAUCUAUCAUAUCAAAUUUGUUUCCAAGGCCAAAAACAGGACUUGUAAGGUAAAUUAUGGUAAGGAGUAUGAAGGGCUUGAGUUUUCAUCAUAUAAUCUUCCUAGUAGGUGCUAAACCAUGUCAAAGGUUGUAGAGAUUAACCAAAAAAAACAGCACAAUAGCACGAAGACUUGGUCCUGAAACAUUAAAAACAGAGAGUGACAACCAAUAUGUGACCACGGCCUGAAACUCUUGAUUGGAUUGGCAAGACAGUGGCACGAGGCCGGGCUGGGCCACUGAAUGUCCUUAUUCCAACCUGCUGCUAUCAAGUUUGUGCUGCCAUUAAUAUUUCCCAAUCAAUAAUUUUUAUGUUUCUACCAGCUAGAGUCCUCAAAUAAGAACAGGGAAUUUGUAUUGUUGUCGCUUAACCAUGACAAGUCAUUGUGUACAACAAACAAACACAUCAUUCUAACCAAAAAUGAAGAAUCCUGUGUGGCUCCCAUCAUAUCAAUGCAGGUCAGUGAGCACAAAGGCUCCUGCAAUCUUUAGCUUAGCCUUUUACCAUUAGUAACUCUUGCCCUUAUCUUUUCCUCUAGUGUGAAGUCUCACUCAUUCUGUUAUUAUUGAGUCAUGGCUUUAGAAUGGGCCAAGCAUGUCAAAUCAUAUGUUUAGACAGAUUAAACUGGCCAUAGGUUUGAGAUGUUUGCUACUGCAUAUGAGUUGAAUUCGGUAUUGUACAGAAUCUUUUAAGGUAUCAAGGGUUCAAACAUGGGGAUGCAGGUGAAUAGGAGAAGUUCCUUAGUGUUAACAAACAUGCCAAUAUCUGAUGUUUCUAGUGAUCUUACUAUUGAAGUGGGAGCAUCAAGUUUUGCACUUCACAAGUUUCCUCUAGUUUCUCGGAGUGGAAGAAUUAGGAAACUAUUGCUGGAAGCAAAAGAUUCAAAGGUUUCAAGAAUAGCCAUCCCCAGUGUUCCUGGUGGACCAGAGGCAUUUGAGCUAGCUGCAAAGUUCUGUUAUGGAGUGAACAUUGAGAUCACAUUAUCAAAUGUUGCCAUGCUUCGCUGUGUAGCCCAUUUUCUGGAAAUGACAGAGGAAUUUGCAGAGAAGAAUUUGGAAACCCGAACCGAAGGAUAUCUUAAGGAAACGGUGUUUCCAAACAUAUCAAGCUCCAUAUCUGUUCUUCACCAAUGUGAAACCCUUCUGCCCAUUCCAGAAGAGGUCAACCUUGUUAGCAGGAUCAUCACUGCAAUUGCAAAUAAUGCAUGUAAAGAGCAGCUUACCUCUGGCCUAUCUAAACUUGACCAUAACUUCCCUUCAAAGCCUAUCCCAACCGUGGAGCCGGAAACACCCUCAGACUGGUGGGGAAAAUCCCUUACAGUGCUUAAUCUUGAUUUCUUUCAGCGUGUCCUAUCUGCUGUGAAAUCAAAGGGUUUGAAACAGGACCUGAUCAGCAAGAUUUUGAUAAACUACGCUCAUAAUUCUCUUCAGGGUCUUGCUGUCAGGGACCCCCAAUUGGUUAAGGGGAGUUUCUUGGACUUGGAACUGCAGAAGAAGCAAAGGGUUAUUGUGGAAGCCAUAGUCAGUUUACUACCAACCCAGUCCAGGAAGAGCUCAGUUCCAAUGGCAUUUCUUUCAAGUUUGUUGAAGACUGCAAUAUCAGCCUCUGCAUCUACUGCUUGCAGAUCAGAUUUAGAGAGGCGGAUAGGCCUGCAGCUGGACCAGGCAAUUCUUGAAGACAUCCUCAUUCCUGCAAACUCACAUGGAAACAACCACGGCCCACUCUAUGAUACAGAUUCAAUCUUGAGGAUCUUCUCCAUUUUCUUGAACUUGGAUGAGGAUGACGAUGAAGAUAAUCACCUGAGGGAUGAAAGUGAAAUGGUUUAUGAUUUUGACAGCCCUGGAUCUCCCAAACAGAGUUCGAUUCUUAAGGUAUCAAAACUACUGGACAACUAUCUUGCAGAAGUUGCUCUAGAUUCCAACCUGACUCCAUCAAAAUUCAUAGCACUAUCAGAACUACUUCCAGACCAUGCUCGAAUAGUGAACGAUGGAUUGUACAGAGCUGCGGAUAUCUUCCUCAAGGUUCACCCAAAUAUCAAAGAUUCUGAACGCUACCGCCUUUGCAAAACCAUUGACAGCCAGAAACUAUCUCAAGAGGCCUGCAGCCAUGCAGCUCAGAAUGAAAGGCUACCUGUCCAGAUGGCAGUGCAGGUUCUGUACUUUGAGCAAAUCAGGCUUCGCAACGCUAUGAACGGCGGCCAUAACCAGUUCUUCUUUGGUUCAGUCAAUGGCCAGUUCCCUCAACGGUCAAGCAGCGGAGCAGGGAGCGGCGCCAUCUCCCCAAGAGACAACUAUGCAUCAGUGAGAAGAGAGAACAGAGAGCUGAAGCUUGAAGUUGCAAGAAUGAGGAUGAGGCUAACUGACUUAGAAAAAGACCAUGUCUCUAUGAAACAAGAGCUUGUAAGAUCACAUCCUGCCAAUAAGAUAUUCAAAUCAUUCACCAAAAAGUUAUGCAAGCUGAAUACCUUAUUCAGGAUCAGAGACAUUAAGCCCAUAGGUGGCAAGGCUAAUUCAGAAACUCGGUUUUUAUUCCCAAAGAGAAGGCGUCACUCUGUAUCAUGAUUCAUGAUUCAUGACCAUGUAUGUGUUGAUAAGUAAAAAAGAGUGUAAAGCAUAGCUAGUGUGAUGGUGUCUAACGCCAGAUUGAUAGUUUUGAGAGUUGAUUGUGUUGCUGUGUGCUGAGUGACAACACUCCCUUUCACUUUUUAUGGAGAGACUUGAAGGCAGGCACUCAAUCAGAGUUGUAUUCUAAAGGUGUGUGUGAAGUAUGUGAGAAAUUUUUAGAACUUUGAAGUAGAUACACACAGCCAUUCAAGCAUAAUAUUUUUCAGCUGAUUUUUAGUCA